AUGGAAAGACCGGUGGAUCUGGUCCACCCCGGCCGGAUCCAGAUCGGGGACGGGUCCGGGUCCGGCGACGGCGGCUCGCCGGAGGCCGGCGACGACGGGCGGGAGGCAAGGCGGCGGAGGGCGCGGCGGCGACCGGGCGGGAGGCGAGGCGGCGGAGGGCGCGGCGGCGACCGGGUGGCCAGGGGCGGUGCCGGCGCGGCGGACGCGGAGGCGGGGACCGGCGGAGGCAGGGACCGGCGGAGGCGGGGUCGGCGCCGGUGGAGAGGUGCGGCGGCGGAGGCGAACGGCGAGGAAGGCGGAGGAGCAAGGCGGCGGCGGGCGAGGUGGCGGCGGAACUCAGACGGGCAGCGUGCGGAUCCGGCGGCGACCGGGCGCGGGAGGCGCGGCCCUGGGCUGCGAAGGGCGCGGACGGCGGCGCGGGGAGCCGGGCCUAGGAGGGCCUGGCUCGAGCUCGGCGGGCCCGCGGUGGAGAGGCGCGGUGGAGGGGAACCGGCUGGGUGA